GCCACGAGAGCGGGCGGCUUCCUGUCAGGUCUCUGGGAGUUUGAGGCCAGCGAGGGAGAGAGAGGGGCCGGAGGGCUCCGGGGCGGCUCGGAGACAUCUUGCUUCUGUCCAUCUCUGGAAUCCUUCCUGAAGAUCCAUCAGGAUGAGCUGCAAGACUCCACCCACACUCCAGGAACUGGCAGAGAACAGCCUCCUGAAGAACCAGGACUUGGCUAUCUCUGCUCUGGAUGACAUACCCUCACUUUUCUUCCCAUCACUGUUCAAAAAGGCCUGCAGAAAUAGAUAUGUUGGGAUCAUAAAGGCAAUGGUGCAGGUGUGGCCCUUCCCCUCUCUUCCUCUGGGGGCCAUGAUCAGUAGGAAGACUGCCUACAGGAGAAUCUUAGAGAUUAUCCUGUAUGGGCUUGAUGCUUUGCUUUCCCAGAAAGUUUCCCACAGCAGGUGCAAGCUGAAAGUACUGGAUUUACGGGUUAUGCCUUUGAAGCUGUGGAACAGGUUGCCUGUGUUUGGGACUGCUGGCUGCAGUGAGAAUCCAGCAGUGGUGGGCCAUUCGGGAACAGAGGUGAAACAGCCAGUGAAGGUGCUGGUAGACCUGGUCCUCAAGGAAAGCCCACUAGAUUCCACAGAGUCCUUCCUCGUUCAGUGGGUGGAUAACAGGAAUGGUUUGGUGAGGUUGUGCUGUUGCAAGCUGCAGAUCUGGGCUAUGUCCAUGUAUUACCACAGAAAACUUUUGGAGAUUUUGGAUCUGGACUCUGUCCAGGAGCUGCGUAUGUACUGCAUCAGUAAUCCUGUCUGCCUGCUUAACUUCGCCCCUUACUUGGGUCGCAUGAGGAACGUGCGCUGCCUCAUCCUCUCUCACCUCUGGCAGACCUUCUCGAUGACCCCAGUGGAGAAGCAGCAGGUUAUUACCCAGUUCACGUCUCAGUUCCUCAAACUGAAAUGCCUCCAGAUCCUGCAUCUGGAUACUGUCUUCUUCCUAGAGGGUCAUCUGGAUGAGCUAUUCUGGUGGCUGAAGACACCCUUAGAGACCCUGUCUGUGAUUGAUUGUAAUCUCUCAAAAUCAGACUGGUUCCAUAUAUCUGAGUUCCAGUGCACAAGUCAGCUAAAACACCUGAAUUUGAAAUGGGUCAAACUGACCCAUUUGAGCCCAGAGCCCCUUCGAGUUCUGUUACUAAAAUCUGCAUCUACCCUAACAUCCCUUGAUUUGGAGGGCUGUCAAAUGAUGGACUCUCAACUCAGUGCCAUCCUACCUGCUCUGAGAUGCUGUACACAGCUCACCAAGUUUAACUUCCAUGGGAACUAUAUCUCCAUGCCUAUCCUGAGGGAGCUGGCAUAUAACGUUGUCAAGCAGAAAUCCCAACAGUCAAAGAUACGCUUUAUCCCAAGCUGUAGUCAUCAUAGUGGUCUGGAGUUUGAGGCCGUUUCUCAGCCUCAUAUUGUGUUUGUAGAUGUGGAGCGGACUACUGGGGAGCAAGAACAAGUCUUGUUUUAUGCUAUUUGCUCUGGAGAAUAUGUGUUAUGAUAUCUCUACAAUGUAUUAGGACUUAGACUCCUAUCUAAUGAGAUACAGAUUUAAGCUCUCUUGUGGACACUGGGAUGUGUCUGGUCAGUGUAUGCACAACACAUGCUUUUAGACUGCAGUUGUUGUGAGUGAGAAGAGAAAGUUGAUGCUAGAGUGCAAACAAGUGAGAGUAUUUGACAUAGGGAAUGUGGGACACAUUGACAGAAGUCAUGGGAGUGGGUUCUGGUUGGGCAGGUACAAAAGGGCAUUCCUCCAGCCUGGUGUUUUUUGGAUUUUUGUGGUAAAAAAUGGGACCAUUUGUCCUACCUGGAUGAUUCAAAUUCUGUGACUGCUAGGAACAAACUUGUUUUAUGCUAUUUGCUGGUUCUUCUACUUUGAUCUUCUGAGUGCUAAGUAUAGGCUUAUAGCACCAGACCUGGUUCCCUGUAGUUCCUUUAACAUGUGGCUGUACCUCUCAUCUUUCUAGUCAAACCCAGUAUUUUAUAUAGUAGCAGUUUUUGUGGGGCUAGAGAGAUGGCUUAUCAGUUGAGAGCACUUGAUGCUUUUGUAGAGUACCUGGGUUUGAUUCCCCACAUUUACAUGGUGGCUCACAGUCAUCCAGAACUACUUAUGGGGUGCAUGAGGCAUGCAUGUAGUGCAUAGACAUACAUGUAGGUGAAACACUCAGACAUGUAACUCUAAAAUAAUUUAAAAAUUGAUUUGUACUGAUGAGACUGAAUGUCUAGUUGAGGCAGCCAGCACCCAGUAUUUCUAUGACAGACACUGUUAAGUCAUGUAUUUAUACUUGUAAAAUGCUACCUAUGAGCUUAGCAAAUUGAACCAGGAAUAUAUGGAUGAGUAGACAAUAAACUCUAGCAGGAAAAAAACCCAAGCUUUUAUGACAAUAUUAAACACCCCAGACCACUGAAGGAUGCAAUCCCCAUCUGAGUCAUCUAAAGAGGGGCAUCAGGUACUGAGCCAUCAGACUGGGUUGAAAUGAGCUCCCGAUUCUGUCCCUAGGCUACAGCACAACUGAACCCCACUGCUGAACCUCUUUAAUUUUUUUUGUGGUCAAUGUACUGUGUCUACAAAUGAGGCUGUGGUUAAACGUCAGGUGUCUGUGUAUCUUGCUCUCAUUCACUUGACAAGGCUUUCUUGGAACCAGAAGCUUGAUGGUUCACCUAGACCUAGGACUGUUAGCCAGAGGGCUCCUAUAGGUCUGCCAGUCCCUGUGCUGGAGUCACAGGCUCAUGCAUCUAUGACUGACCUCUUUUCUUCUCCUCCCUUCCCCUCCCUUCC